ACGCAACAGAGGGUGGGGCGCGCAGAAGGUUCUGGCAGUUGGACCGGCUGCAGGGGAGUUGUUGGUUGUGUGUGUACCGGUUGUCGUCGCUGGGGUUAUUGUUUUGCCAUGGCCCGUGGGAACCAGCGUGAACUUGCCCGCCAAAAGAACAUGAAGAAAAAUCAAGAACUGAAUAAAGGGAAAAGAAAAGAGGAUACUUUGUCGGCUUCUCAGAGGAAACAAAGAGACUCUGAAAUUAUGCAGCAAAAGCAGAAAGCAGCUGAUGAGAAGAAAUCUCUUCAGGCAGGAGCAAAAUAAUCUGUGGCUGCCUGAAGGACCUAACAGUGCUGCAGUGCAUCUCACAAUAUAGGGCCUAAGAAAAUACAUAUUUGUAAAAGUAGCCAACCAUUAAAUGGUUAAUGUUUAUCUUCUACUUGCUCACUUGUCCAGUAUGCAUUUAUUUUAGACUGUCUAAUUAGUAUAGUGCAGUUGUAACUGACUUGGCUUGAAUUGAAAUACUAGAAUCUGUUCCAAUGAAAUUGGAUUCGAAGUUCUUAAUUCCCUUUGCAUGGUCUAUUAGUAAUGGUAGCAGUAGCUUGACUGCAGUUUUCAUUGUUAAAAGUGUUGGCUUGGUAAAUGGCUUGUGUGACUGUACCAGUUUUUAAAUAUGCACAUAGACUGAAAAUCCUAUAUGGCAACUCUUAAACUGCAUUCAAAAGCGAUAACACUUUUAAAAGCCCAGGUCUCUGUAUUUGCUUUCCACUUUGUAAAGGUCAGCUGUAAAGUUAAUCAUAAAUUAUUUUUACAAUAAAAUGUCGCAUGAA